CAGACAAGUAGACAAGUCACAGCCUGCGGAUUGACUGGACUUACAUGCCUGGCCAAGUGCUGUUGGGCCUUGACUUUUGCCUUGCGUGCCUCAUUUUUAUUUCAUUCUAUUUUUGUUUUGCUGAUUGCUUGGUUUUGUUGUUUCUUUUUAUCUGUUUGUAUACAUGGCUUGUUUCCCUGUUAUCUUCCUUCUUUCUAUAUCUCUAUCUUCGUCAGUAAAUCUCCCUAACUUCAACAUCAACCCUAACCACCUCCCUCGGCAAACUAAACAACCCUAACUGAACACAUCUACCCUCUCAACCACCUCCUAACCAAAGGAACACCCAAAAUGACCACAAAAGGCUACUUCGCCGGUAUCCGCCGCAGCUCCACAGAGCCGAUCUCGAAACCGGCCCGGCGAAUAUCAGUUGCAUCGGGUGCAAAUGCAAUACCAGAAGUAUCCUCACCACGCCGCAACAGCCACAACGUGCACUUCCGCGAGAGGGACACAAAUACCCAACAAGAUGACACGGUCGUGAUCGCUGUCAUGGGCGUCACGGGCUCCGGGAAGAGUUCCCUGAUAUCUCUUCUUGCGGAUCAGCCGGUGGGUAUUGGGCAUAAUUUGCAGUCUCAUACAACCCACACAGACAUGUUCAGCUUCUCGCACCCCGAAACCAAACGCACCGUUAUCCUCCUCGACACCCCCGGCUUCGACGACACCGAGCGCUCCGACACGGAAAUCCUGAAAGAGAUCUCCUGCUUCCUGGCCAUGAUCCACGAGAAGCGGUGGCGGCUAGUGGGCAUCGUGUACCUGCACCGCAUCACGGACCCGCGGCUGGGGGGCUCUGCGAUGAAGAACCUGCACAUGUUCGAGAAGCUGUGCGGCAGCGGCAGCUUCCCGGGCGUGGUGCUGGUGACCAACAUGUGGGGGGACCUGGAGCCAACAGAGGCCGGGAGGGCGCUCGGGGAGCGACGAGAGGCGGAGCUGAAGGGCCAGUUCUGGAAGACGAUACUCGCGCAGGGGGGCAAUGUGAUGCAGCAUGAUGGGUCGAGGGAGAGCGCGGCGGCCAUUGUGUCGUCGCUGGUGCGGCGGAAUGAGGAGGUGGUGUUGCAUAUCGUGCAUGAGUUGGUCGAGGAGCGGAAGACGCUGGAUGAGACCGAGGCCGGGCAGUAUGUUCAGGCUGAGCUCUUGAAGAUCAAGAAGAAGUAUGAUCGUGAGAUCGCCGAUCUUCAGGAGAGUAUGGAGGAGGCCAUGGAGGCCAGGGACGAGGAGACCGCCCGCGCUAUCAAGAGGGAGAGGGAGGCGGCCAAGGCGAAGGUGGCGCAGAAGGCGCGCGAGUCUAAGGGCCUCCGCAUCUCGAUGCAGCAGCUCGUGCAGGAGAAGAUGGCCGAGUAUGAUGCUCGUGCCACGGAGCCGGAUAACCAGGAGGCCGUCCGGGGUCGUAUCGCGGAGCUCUUUGAAGAGUUCAAGUCCGAGAUGCGCGAGGAGAUGCGGGAAGAGCUGGAGGCCGAGAUGCGGGACGUCAAGGAAAGACUGGCGAGGAUCGAAACCGGGCCGACUGAGAAGGCUGAGCAGCGCGUUGAACAGCGAGAGGAGGAACAGCCGAAGGAAGAUAACAAGUCGGGCGGGCUCAUGGGAUGGUUCUCCAGACCUCUCAGCGGGUUCAGCCGAGCCUGAACGAGUGGCAACGCAUCAUGGUUUAUGCUGGAGGGAUACUGCACUU